AUGAAGAUUAGGGAGCACCCCGCGAAUGAGAUGAACAUCACGAACUGGGACGAAUCUGCUCCUCCGAGUGGUGGCAUGAUGAAAUCGACAGUUCGACAGGCAGACGUCGCGACGGAGAAAGGAUGCAAGCCUCCGGGCAUGGCUACAGUGGCCGGUCCAAGAGAAAGCAAACUGACUGACGUUCUGCUAUACGAACUGGCUGUCGAAGAUACAUCCCGUACUGGUAGGCAAAUCGUCAAAGAAACCGAUAAAAUUCUGGAAAUCAUCCAAGUAGACCGGCAUGUGAGCAUUCGUUUGAUGGUCCAGGAACUGGGUAUAGACCAUAAAACUGUUUGGAACUAUUUGCAGAAGAUUGGAUUCCAAAAAAAGCUGGAUGUCUGGGUGCCACACGAGUUGACGCACAAAAACCUCUUAGACCGCAUCAACUCCUGCGAUGCACUGCAGAAACGGAACGAACUCGACCCAUUUAUGAAGCGAAUGGUGACUGGUGAUAAAAAGUGGAUCACGUACGACAACCACAUGCGAAAAAAAAAAUCGUGGUCGAACUGCGCUGAACCGGCCCAAAUCAUCGCCAAGCCCGGAUUGACGGUCAGGAAGGUUUUGCUGUGUGUUUGGUGGGAUUGGAAGGAAAUCAUCCACUAUGAGCUGCUCGACUAUGGCCAGACCCUCAAUUCGGUUCUCGAUUGUGAGCAGCUCGACCGUUUGAAGCAGGCGAUUGACCAUAAGCGGCCAGAAUUGGUCAAUAGGAAUGGUGUUGUUUUCCACCAGGACAACGCUCGGCCUCACACAUCUUUUAUGACCCGCCAGAAGCUACGGGAUCUCGAAUGGGAUAUCCUAUCGCACCCACCGUAUAUUCCGGACCUGGCACCGAGUGAUUACCUUCUCUUCCAGACUAUGCAAAACGCUCUUGGUGAUCUAAUUUCCGAGUAG